CGUGCUGGGACUUUCUGACGGAGGUGGUUUCUUAACCUUCACCGAUAAACAUUUUUCCGCGCCAAAUGUCAAACGUUGCUGCAGAAGUUCACAAACACAAACUAUGACAGAUAGAGUGCGUUAUUUAUUAGGGAAACAGCCAGCACGUCUGUUGCUGAUCGACCAAUCAGCCCCUAUAACUCCCGACAUAGGAGACAAUCUGUGUCUUGCAUUAGAAAAUGUGCUUGCCUUGGCAUGUAAUUUCACUGGACCAUCAAGGAUGCCUUUUUUCAGUGUCAUGGUUCUUCAACAUUAUCAACCAGAGGUAAUCUUGCCCUUCUCAUAUGUAAGGAACAACUUUCAUCGAAUACAGACAGCUCUAAAUGAUGUCCACUUAAGAAUAUCGGAGAGUGUCAACGCCUGCAAAGAAGCUUCUCCUAGUUACUUUCAGGCUAUUGCAGAAGCUUGUCUGUUGUACAGGAGACAGCUCCAAUCCACUGCACAGCCAGGAGGGUUCUGUCAGCAGUUGGAGAUUAUACUUCUCACUUGCCAGAGCUCUAGUCAUGUCCAGCGUCUUGUGGACACUGCAUUGGCUUCCAUCGACACACAGUAUUUGAAGAGGAUACAGGUGGUGAGCCUGAGCUGCACUGGUGGGUGGGGUAUGGAGGACGUUGACCUAGAUGGCAGCCAGUCCAGCCUGCACUCCAAUGACUCCAGCAACGCCAGUCUGAGCAGCCUCAUAGAAGUGAUCAACAUGGAACCAGAGGUUUUGUGCCUGCAAAACUUGUUCACUGGCUGGUUGGUUGACAUGGGAACAGACAGCGAGCACCUGCAUAUCCUACUGCCACCUUGCCUAAACAGUGGUAAUGCAGGUGUUCCCCUCAUCGUGAAGUGUGAUGUGCAUGAAAGGGUUUUCCAGCCUGCCCAGUUGCCAUUCUACAAUCAAUUUACUAUUCAUGCUGACUCGAGCUCUAUGAAGAUGGUGUUUCCCAGUACAAGCAAGGCCAUGGGCAUAUCUGUACCCAUAUACCAGUUGCAGGUUACCUCCCUCGUACCAGUGACAGCAGUGUGCGACUCAAUCGUCUUCGAUAUGCCUUUGGUUGCUAAGGCAACAGCCUGUUGGAAGAUGGAGUGGGAUGAUUUGGAGAAGAACCACCAGUUACUCAUAGCACUCUGUCAGGCAUUGGGCAAAGAGGAGAAGGCCAUGGUUGCCAGCCUCCUUCCACCCAGUAAACCCUCACAUGCUGUGAGCCAGCCAGACACAAUACCACAGGGUCGCUUUCUUCUUGUUCCCUUUUCAGAUGGUACCCUGCUUGUGAAGGCUUUGGCUACACAGGAGUUAUUGUUGCCAUAUCAGCCCAGUCACAAUGUUGGCAGUGUAACCCAGGAUACUCAUGAUCUAAUAAGUGAAUCACUUCAACAGUUGGAAACCCUCGAGAGCUACAACCCCCUGGACCAUAGUGCAGGCCUGUUUGAGAGUCUGAAAGGCAUGGGAAGGAACCUGUCCACCCAAAUGCAGCAGAAACGACCCUUGGAAGAGUCCUGUCCACUGACCAAUAAGAUUGUUGUUAAGGGUGGGAGACCAGCUAUGAAGCCGGCAGUGGUAGCAACUGUCACACGGAAACAUAGUGAGCUGGCUGAUACACCACUAACAAAAAGGAUUGAACACAAAACUGGCUCUGGGGCACCAAGAAGGACUCUGUACACACAGCCCCACAGCAUGUUUUACACAGAGGACAAUGCUGCAGGAGGCACCCGUCAGCAAGCCCAUAUAAACGCCGGUCAGAUCAGACACGGGCCCUCUGUUGUGUCCUUUCCUAGUACACUAUGACCAAUAUCGCCUGUACAUAGGUUGUAAAAUUUUAUCUGACUGUUAAGGAUUAUAAAUUGGUUCAAUUUUUUUUCCACAAUACCAGUUGUUGUUGUUGUUGAAAAAAAACAUAUUUUUGUCCAUGCUGUGUUUGUAUUUUAUUUUGACUCCAUAGCUUUCUAGCACUUAUCUACCAUAUGAUGUGAUUAGUGCAUGACCUAUGUUUGACAACCUUUGGUCAAGGUUACAACUCAAGGUCAAAAGUCAAAUAUAUGUACUUAUGUCUGUAAGAUUUUCAAUAUUUUAAUGUAACUGCCGCAUUCACUCUCCAUGACCAGAUGUGUUUCCUGUAUGCAUUAUCCUUUUAUCAAAAGUCCAAGUCACAGUUGAAAGUCAAAGACCACACAUUUUGUUGAACCUUAUUUUCUUACAUCUCACAGCUAGUUAUCUCAAUCAAUCUCAAAAAGUCCUUUUAGUUUCAAGUCAAUUGGCUGGGCAUUUUUUUAUGUGUUUGGUUUGUCAAUCCUGUGUAAUGCUGGUAUGUUAAUCAGCUAGAUUUGCAAUUCUAUUUUUGAUCCAUAUACUGAAGUCGACUCGGAUAAGGUUGCUGUUCUCCUCUAUAACAUGUAGACACUAAUGCUUUGCUAUUGAAGUUGUACUUGACAAAUUUUAAUGUGUGCGACAUAAGUGUUAUUUUUUAGGUGGCUGUUAUGUUGUCUGUUUACGAGAAUAUAUUCAUGACUAUUAAAACAAACAACUAUUUUU